AUGCAAUUGAGUCAGCUCAAUCUCGCAAAACCAUUCACUAUAGACUCGGCCUCGAAGCGGUCGCUGUUACAGUUCCAUGUCCUUUUUCUCGGUGUAUUUAUCGAGCCUCAUCGGAAUUGUCUGGUCGACUUGGGGAAUUUCCGCAUCAACAAUAAGCCGCUCGAAAUUGAGAAUCUGAGGGACUUGGAACAUCUCGAAGAGUUAUGUAUUUUGGCGGCACGACAAUCCGCUCGAGUGGCCUCGCUACUGCAAAUCGACAAUCUAGUCCGAGCGCACUGUUGGGUAUCUAUUUACACUAGCUUCACCAGUUGUGCAAUCCUCCUCUUCGGCGCCUCACAAAAGCUGCUCAGGCUCUACGGCGAAGAAAUCAGCGAAGACCUCUCUUACGCAUCUUCGCAUCUCCAUCUCCUCUCGCUGUGUGGUCACGACAACAUCAUUGCAAAGAAGCUGUACACCAAACUCCAGAAGAUCUUCAAUGACAUCAGAGAGAUCGCGGUCUCUCCUGUCUAUCGUGAGAUGCGCGACGCUCGUAUUUUCGUCAAGGACCCGAUGUUUGUGCCGCGCUCACAUUACGACUCAGUAGUAGGUGCAGAGGAUGCCAGUAUAAGUAUCCUGAACUCUGUUAGACGCGCUAUGGAUGCUAUUCAGGAUACUUUGGUGUGA